AACACAAAUCACUGCAGGUUUCAUACAAUCUGAAUUCUGAUCUGAUACAAUCGCUUGUUCUUAGAGUUUCGCUAGGCUGUUUGAGAAAAUUCUUGAGUGACUGAGUGUUAUUCAGAAAGUUUGUACCUUUGGAACAUUUCGGAUAUGGAUUUGAAUAAUUUAGUGCUUUUAACAAUUAUUACAAGUUUUGGCACUUUGUUGAUGAGAGUACUUUAUAUUUUAAGUAAAAUAUACGCUCAGCAGAACAGACUUACUGUCGAAAAGAAAUCAUUAAAAGUUAUACUUUGCAUUGGAUCCGGAGGUCACACUACCGAGCUAUUAAAAAUUGUAGCUCAAAUGAAUUUUAAAAAAUACAGCCCAAGGCUUUACAUGAUGGCUGACUCUGACAAUAAUAGUGAAACUAAAAUAAUCUCCACUGAAAAGGAUACAAAAGACUAUCAAAUCUGCAAGAUUCCAAAAAGUAGAAAUGUACAUCAGCCAUAUAUGACAUCGAUUUUCAGCACCCUCCAUGCUAUUUUGUACUGUGUUCUACCAAUAUUUAGAUUUAAACCUGAUGUUAUAAUCUGCAAUGGCCCUGGAACAUGCAUUCCAAUUUGUUUUGUUGUUUUUUUAAUGAGAUGUUUUUGCAUUCUGGAUUGCAGAAUAGUGUUUAUUGAAAGUCUUUGUAGGGUAAGAACUUUAUCAUUGUCUGGGAAGAUACUACAAUUUAUAGCCGAUAUUUUUGUAGUCCAGUGGCCACAACUUAACUGGACUCAACAACCUCUGUGA